AUGGCUAUCCGUGACUGCAGUAACUACAUGGGCACAGCUGACACCCGACGUCUUCUGAUACGACGAGAUCUUGGCGGUGAAGCUGAUGUUCGCUGUCCUUCGGAACCCCUCAAGCAGCACCAUGCUCCAGGUCCUCAACGGACGCAUGUGCCGUUCACGAAACUCGGGUACCUUCCUGGCCCCAGCGAUUGGGGUUGUGCGCCCCGUCUAGCAGCAUCCCCAGCAGCCACAGCAGGUUCCGUCACCGCAGCAGCUAAACAAAAGGAGUCCCGUGUCAGCAUGGAGGGAGAAGAAAAAAACAAGAAGAAAAAGGAACGUCUGGUGUCGUUACAGGGAGAGGAAGAAAGAGAAAGAAACUUGGACCUACUCGGGAACGAUUGCGCAAGCCUCCUUGACCAGCGUGCUGCCCAGGUCCUUGGGGGUGACGGGGUUGGCCUGGACAAAGGCGGCCAGGGCCACGACGAAGGCGACCGAGGUGAGGGUAGAGAACUGCAUUGCGUGGGAGAUGGGGAAAGAUUGGCGAACUUGUUUGUGUGA